AUGUAUCAUGCGUAUGUUCGAUAAUGAAAAUAGAUGUGAAGUCGGCGAAAUAGUUCAUAUCGAGAUAACGUAUUAAAUUACGUUCUUUAUUUUUGCUUGCAUGAUGCAGUAUAUAUAAAAUCCAUUUCAUUGGCAAAUAGCGUACUUUGUGGAACGGAUUAGAGUAGAUUCAACAGAUUCGAGUAGCGAAUUACAGGCGGAAGUCAUGGCUGUUAUCAAGCUCUUUAUGAUCCUGCUGUGCAGCAUUCUUUGUAUCAUCUUCUUUUGUGGAUUAGUAGCUGGGGAAGUUUAUCCUUACCCAGGCGACUGUAGGAAGUACCAACAUUGCGAUGGUAGCGGUUGUUUCGUUUUGGAGUGUGGCACAGGCACGGAAUUUAAUCCAAACAUCGGCACCUGUGACUAUCCUCUCCAAAAUCGUCAGGAUUGUAUGCAACGUGGAUAAUUUGUGCAACAACAAUUUGAGAUAUUUAUAGAAUAUAUCGCCAUAUCAAAUGUAUUUCUUUUUUACGAACAAACGUACCAGCGAGAGAAUGUGAAGAAGUGAAACAAUUUAAAAAAGUGGAAUAAUUGAAUAAAAUUUAUUUUCAAUUCACAUCAUUAA